ACGACCGGCGUCCCGGAAGUGCCCCAACCACCGGGCCGAGGAGGGAAGGAGCGGGACGGGGAGGCGCCCCGGAAGUGCGAAGGAGGCGGGACCUCGGCCGGGCCAGAUCCCAGUGGAGAAAGAAGCCGCUGACCAUGUUUCACUUCUUCCGGAAGACUCCCGAGCCCAAGAAGGUGCCGGUGGUGGAGAGAGAAGCCGAUGGAUUCGUCCUUCUGGGUGACACAGCAAAUGAGCAGAAAGCCGUACCACAAGAUGGCCCCUCAGAAGAGGCCAAGCAGCCUUCCGAGGUAAGAGGGGCCCCUUCUCGGCUGGCCUUUGGCAACGAGCCUUCUCAGAAGGCAGACGUGGGAGACCAGCCCUGUGGCAGUGGGUCGGACCCUCCAAAGGCCGUGGAAGACCAGACCUUGGAGAACAACACCCUGGCAUCCGAGCUUCUCAGGGACGUGCCCUUCACCCUGGCGCCCCAUGUGUUGGCGGUGCAGGGCACCAUCAGCGACCUCCCAAACCACUUGCUGACCUCUGCCCUGAAUGACAACUUGUCUCGGUUCUGGUAUGAUUUUACUCUGGAAAAUUCUGUGCUCUGCAACCCGUAGUGGGCCUUGGGGGCGUCUGGCUCGCCCCAGCGGAAUGCUCGUGUCCGACCUUGUUGCUUAAGUGUUUGCGUGUCAUGAUUCUCGCUCGAGGACCUUCAGGAAUCACCCAUUUCAUCGGCAUUUAUGUUGUCGCCUUGUUUAGGAGCUGGAGACAUUGAUAUCCAGACGCAGGCUCAGUUCUCCGCCCCCUCCCCUUGUAAGAAAGGGGACUUGAAAUCACUCCUCAGUGUUUGAGAAAAGCUCAAUGGGAAAUUCGCCACCUGAAUGUAGCGCCUCCGAUUUGUUCUGGAGAAGCUGCGACACGUGACAUCCUGGUGACCAACACACUACAGGGCUCAUGGCUGGGAGAGGGAAGGGUGGGUUCACCUCAGUGUCCACAGGCCCAGGGCUGGGCUGGGGCUGGGCUUGGAGGCCCACCCUUCCUCCCUGCGGGGAAGGCUGGCUGACUUGGGCCCACCUGCCUUUUUUCUUUGCCUUCACACCCCUCGGUGUCUCUCUCACCUUCCUUCUUCCUCUGUCCUUUCUGUCACUGGCUUUGCUUUUUCAAGGACUUUUUCGCUGACACUUCCCUGUGUGUGAGAGCGCUAGACCUAGAGUCAGGAAAACCUGAGUUUGAAUCUGGCCCUACAUACUCGCUUUGCUGUAUGACCCUGGACAAGUCAUUGGCCCUCUGCCUUUCUCCAUUCUCUCAUCUCUCAAAUGGAGAGAACAAUAGCCCUUGCUCCCAGGUUGUUCUGGGCAUUCAGUAAGAGACUCUGCACUAAGCGAUUUGCAGACAGAGCGCUGCCUCAGCGCUAGUAGACGUUGUUCCUGUUAUUGUUGUCGUCACCACCACACAUCCCCAGGUUAUGUAUGGAUCAGCUGGUUUGGGUCAGCCUCCAUCUUGAUCAUCAGCCGUCAACCAGGACGACCGCGCUGGGCACGGGGCAGACAGGAACCCCAGGAGACUGUUUGUUGUUCAACUGUGCAAACCUCCAGUGGACCUCCACCUGUGCCACAGCAUGGCCCUCUUAGGCCAGCGGCUGCUUGGGCAGGGAGAGAAGACUUCUGGGAGAUGUGCCCCUGUCAUGGAUGCGCAUGGGUGCAUCAGAAGCGAGGCGUCCUGCCAGACAUAAGACUGCCCAGAGAGGCGCCUGUACUUCACGUGGCACCUCUGGUUCACGUGGACUUGCUGGGAGAGGGCGGCAGGCAGGCUGGAUGUUUGUACACGCACAAGGGAGUGGCAUUAUUUUGUUAAAACUGAGCCCUGAGGAUGUGACCGGAAAGGACCUGGCUUACUAUUUAUAUCAGCAGCAGAAAGCAUUAUUUUUAUAAUGUCCUGGUCUCACAUGCCCCAAUAGAUCUAUUUUUACACUUUAACCAGUUCUCCUGAAUGUUUUGUCAGAUUUUAUCUAAAACACUCAUGCAUUUCGUCCCUCUCUGCUAUGUUGUGAAUUUGCUAUUAUUUGCAGCAAACAUUUACGAUUCUAUUUAAGUAAAUGAGAAUUAAAAUAUGGAGCAUUAAGA